AAAUUUCGGAGUCGGAAGUUGAAACUCAACUUCAACAAUCGCUCACGUGGUCUGAAAGUUGAUGAUCGGAUCGAUCCGGGAAAUCAUCGGACUUAUCCUCGAAAUCUCCUGCUCCGACCACUCAUGCACAUCUUGCACCCUGCGAUCGCGAUGCACCCGUCUGCGUUCACUUAAAGGCUAUGUUUUCGCAUAUCCGUGCUGUUGCGAAUCAUACAGCACUCCGUUGCUGUGCUCCGCAGAGCUACUUGCCGUCUUGAUACUUGAGUCAUAUACCCCAGCGAGGACAAUGGAGACACGCGAGAACAUCUUAGGAUGCCAUUCAUAACACUUUAUUGACCACCUAGACUAUCUUCUGAGUGGGAGAGGUGUGUCUCCACACUGGUCGCUCCGGAACGCAAGGCGCCGACACCCCGUCUUACGUUGGGCAAAGAGCGCAUAUCUGGCACCCAGACUUGACCCAGGUGCUGUGCUUCCUCCGGCACCUGAUCCAAGGCCAGGGAACUUCCUUUGAGACCACCUGGUCAUACAACGUUCCGUGCGACCGCUUAACAAUUGGACAACACCCAUCGACUGUCGCCCAUCGACUGUCGGACACCUCGUUUUCCCCUUCGGCCCGUACACGGUCUGAACCUCAGCGGCCCUCUUCCUUCAGGCAUACUUCACGCGCUGAUUGGUUCCUGUGACAAUGCUACCAACCUCGCACUGUAGAUCUCCAUCCCGGGACCUUCCCCUGACCUCCCCUGCACGGAACGCAUGCCGCUCACGCGCUUGUCAUUAGACACUACCCACCCGCCACUUUGGUGGUUUACUGCACAUCAACUUCUCGCACCCUGCGUUCCGCAUCCCCACCCAUCUACGCCAUCGCAGCGGGACUCGACCCAUGGUGCCUCAACGCGGGGACCGUCGACGCACCGGCGCUGACGCAUUUCUCAUUUCGGGACUGGUUUCGUCCCUGUGUCCUCCGAGGAGCGCUGGCUCAUUGUCGCUUGCUCCGAGGGAUGCGCGUCGUCUGGUCCGGCAGGCGUAAGGCUGUUGACAUCAGGGAGGGGUUCAUGGUCAUCUGCGAGGACAAGUUAGGCGACUGGGAGGUCGGAGGCAGAGGAGGUAGGGAUAUCUGGUCGCAAGCCAGAGCGUUCAUUGAGCCGAAACUAUCCGAAAAGGUGAAAAGUGCGCCGCACUGUCUUUCACUCAGUGGGAGAGGGUCUCUGAUGCCUGCUUUCGCUAGCCUCUCGAAUGUGGCUUUGAUCUUAAUGGACCCCCAUAGUAGUGUACUGCUCUCAAUGCGUAUGGAAACUCAGUAAAGCAGGUAGUAAUUGAGCGUUAUAUGUAGCUUGCAUUCAAGCAGUCAUUUAGUUCCCUCACACACCGGAGAGACGCACGCACCUGCAAAUCCGCGACUAUCUGCAGCCGACCAUCCUCGUCCGUUGGUGAAAUCAAUGGCCUGCUCCCGCAUUCCUCUCUUGGCAUAAAACAGUUGUCUAUGCUUCUUCCCAACGCGCCCGAUCACCUCGUCUCGGACAAUUUCAGUCUCCUCGAUGCAGAUACCGACCUUGUGCUGUUUUGGUCACUCUUGCCGAAGAUCAUCCUCCCGCCAGCGCAGUCGACCUCCCAGCUCAUCGAAGCUCUUGAAUCCAUCGCGAUUACAAUGAGAGUGAAGUCGGCUCCUUCCUACGGCUUUCUGCGCCGUUUCCUGGACGAACGAUGGGACAAUGAGCGAUUCUUCAGGCGGACAUGGGCCCGCUGUGUCGAUCUGGCACUGGAGAUGUCGGCUCUUUUCCCAGACGGCACACUCGCUCCUCUGUCCUCCGAGAACCCUUGCGUGGCGUUCAGCGCACGACAAAUCGCGUGCCUCGUCGUCCACCAAUUUCUUUGCACCCUCCCUGAAUUCGCACACCAAGCACCAGACGACUCGCAGGAUCUGUCCAUUUGGUUCCACGACGACCAGCCUCAUCCACAUGCAGUAGAAGCGUAUCUCACUGCGCUCUUCACCUACUUCGACCGGAUUGCGGGGAGUGAUAUGGCUGGAGAUGUCUCGUUGACCUUGUGCACGGGCCCACCGUCCCAGAGCAUGGCGCAGGCCAGCGUUGAGUUCAGACCGAUACGAAUCGCACCCCUCGACGCACCGACCACCUCGACAACACUCAUGGGUAUCCCACGCGGCGCAUGCGUCAUCUCCGCCAAUUCGCACAUUGGAUUCGGGCGCACCGCCUCGCAGGAGGAGAUGCAAGUCGGUUGCACCCCAACGGCUCUGCCCGCUAAACUGGUCACCCCGCCGCUAUCAGACACCAAGGUCCUGGUCGUUCGUGGAUGCGCGCCUGUAGUCGAGAUGGUCGGCUACGGCCGUGCUGCGGUUUUGCACCGCAUUGUGCCGGCUUAUGAGCACGAUUGGAGUCAGAGGGUGAUGCUGUUCAUGGAUGCGUUGGAGCUGGAUGGAUACGACUCGACGUCAUGCACGCCGGAUCUGUUGCCUGGGCACAUCGAUCGGGAACUCAACAAGGCCCUAACGGCCUUUGCGUCCGAUUCUUACGAGGAGGUUGUCACCGGGCAUUGGGGAUGUGGCGCAUUCGGCGGAAACAAGGAAAUCAAGAGCGUGGUGCAAUGGUGUGCGGCGAGUAGAGCUGGCGUUGAGUUGGCGUUCGUAUGCGAUACGCAAGAUUCGUUUGCCGUCGACUUCAAAAAGUUCGUCGACCAAGCAUUGAAUCGGCAUUGGAAGGUCGACGAUGUUCUGUCUGUACUUGCGUCAAUAGGACCUACAGACCCUGCCCGACUGUCAAUCUUCGCCGCCCUCUCCACGCAAAUGGAAAGGCGAGUCCCGCAGAGAUGACCAGUUUGGCAUCACAAUCCACCAAAUGCUUUGCACUGUGACUACAUGCCUCGGAUCUUGGAGUGCAGCCACGAUGUCGAGGAAAACUGGGUACAGGACACGAGCGAAUGCGCUAUCUGUGGAUUCCGGCAUGGACACCUUGUAACACAUAUGCAGCGGGAAUGCAAGGAACGACGUGCAUUCAUAUUAUAGAGGCCGAAGAAAACGAAUCUGCCAGAACAUAUCCACUCAUGUCGAGCAUGGCCAUAAUCGAACAAGGGUGCUAUCUGCUGACGUGUCAAUAAGGGCAGGCCAGAGACUGCAGACUGUGUACGAAGAUUGCAUGGAUCUGGGCUGUGGAGGAGUCAGAGGGAAAUGAGCAGCUACGAUCCAGUCUCUUGGAAUCGGAGCGAAGGCAGAGGAGACGGAGUCCGAUGGAAUAAUGUAAUGGAUGCUUCUGUUUAGGAAGAAGACGUUACCGGGGCUGAGAUCAAGAGCGAGGAAGAAGUAAUGCCAGUCUCUGUGAAGUUGAAGAUGGAGACUCGCCCCUUCCACGCUUGCAGAAGUCGACUAGCGAGUACAGAAAAGAUUCUGAAGAAAAAACCUGAAGCCCCCAGAGGCGAAGCAAGAGAGAACGAUCAGAGAAGAACCUUAAUUUGAAGCGUGUUACAAAAGUCUUCGUUUUUGCCCCACCGUCUCUCCACCUCUCCCACCGUCAUGACCCACCAAGCGACCAUGAGCUUUCCCGAACUGGUCGAUGCCCAUGAGCGUUUGAAGACGAUGCACGAAGACCUCAAGAUCAAGCACGCAGAGACCAAAGACGAAUUGAGCCAGGUGAAACAUCAAGUGAAAGAUUUGGAGACUAGGAUCCAGUGCAUCGAGCCUGGUCCUGCAGGCCAAACUGUCGAAAAGUGAUUGCACAAAUCUUUCGAAAUACUGAACAUCGUCAUGUAUCAUACUCUACAGGACUCGUCUCUCCACGGGCAUGGACGACAAGUGGGUCGGUUAGUGUCCAUUUGUGUCCGGACUGCCCGUACGCUUCCGCUCGGAGCGGACGAAGAAAUGCAUCGACUUCGAUUGGGCCGGCGGCAAGGGAUGCCAGAUGCUCCAUCAGCACGACUUGGGCGUAAGUAAUGCCAAUCAACAUGUGAGUUGAACCGUUCGUGCACCUGCAGCGAGCACACGAUUCAAUAUUCAUGACUGAGCGGGCCGACAGUUCGAGAUCAGACCGGCGGGACCACGCGCAUUCGUCAUCCGGCACAUCGCCUCCUCCUACUUUCUGUGCAUCUCCAAGGAACGGCACGAAGGGGGGUCUUAUAUGGGAAUGAGCAUGAGCCCGACUUUUGUGGUCUUCGAUCCGGUGCUGGCGCAAGGCAAAUACACGGGGCGGGUCAGAAUCCGGCUUUUCGAGUCGCUGGAGCGGACGGUGCAGUUCGAGAAAGGCAACGCCAGCAACGGUACCCCGGUCAUCGCGUGCGCUGAAGGUGGUGCCAACGACGAGUGGUAUGUUAAGCAGGCGGGAGACAAGACCAUUUGAGUUGCAUCGGAGUACACUAGAAUUGCAAUAUCUGUCCACACGGGAAAACGGCGAGAAUAUAAGGAAGAUAGAGCGGUGGUGCCUCGAUGUAGAGUACCCGCCCGAGGAUUGGUGCGCAAGGGACUUCCAACGAGUGUGGAUCCAACGCAUGAUCAUGCAGCCGCAGAGUCAGCAAUGAUGCGCUGUUGCCAAUGACGGCGAUGACGUCUGCGAGCCUCAAUCCAGCGUGAGCCGCGAUGCAGAGCGUGGAGGUGAGGCAGUUGAUGUACAGCGCUCGGAGCACCGCGGAAUACUGGUCCGCCGUGAGACUGGGCAGUCUUGGCAAUAACACAGUCGUGUCGUGGCCCGGGAUCGACACAAACGCAAAGUCUUCCCCGUCGACGCUGAGGUUGUGCACCCCCCGGAGCCAACCGCCCUCUCCCUCGAAGACACCGGCGAGCCGAUCUCGCAUGCUCGCGUGUCCGUCUUUGCGAGACCACGGCCAGGGCCAGGUGAACCCAGAUGCCUGCAACUGCCGUGCUCGGGACACCGCCAGCGUCCCAUUGCACAUGACGACAAGCAUCUUCGCGUCGCCGCCGGCGCACACGGAAACCAGCUGCGCCAUGGGGGACACGUAUUCGUAGGAGCACCUGUCCCGCACUAGCUCCGUUGGAGGACUGGGGAGAACGGCCAGCCCAGAAACGAGCCAUUGCACAUUGGGGUCUCCGCACACGACGGUGAUCCUGCGGAUGCAGCCAGGCUGUGCCCGCGAGAUGAGGAAGAGACGCCGGAAUUCGCUAGCGUAGUUCAGGACGAAGUGGCCCGACUCGAGUUCCGAAGGCUUGACAUGGUAUACUUCUUUGAGACGAAUCAGGCACAGCCGGUGCAGUGGAGUGCAGACACCCAGAAGGAUCCAUAGUGACUCGGCGUCCAAAAAAGAGAGGAUGAGGAGGAUGAGCUCGUUCGGGAGUUGAAGCAUCAGGGCAAGGCACUACAGCGGCUGCUAUACAAAAACACGUCAGAUUGCAGUCAACCGAACUGACAGGGAGGCGGCAAACAAGGACUCUGAGAAUUCGCCGCGCGGGGACUACAGCAGUUGGCUCCGUGCUGACGAGAAUGAGCGCCUCGGGCACUUGUUCCGCGUGGAGGCAUCUCGCCGAAGGCGUAGGGGAGUCCUGACCACGAGUCCAUGGCUGCGCCAGACUUCGGCAAAAGCGGAUCGAUAGCGAUGACAAACGAGGGAUGAGCAAUUUCUCUGUUGUCGGGCAGCCCGAAUUCCCUCGAAUGACCUUCCCAGAAUCCACGCCUGCUUUCACGCAUUGGCAUGGCCACCGAGCCCACCAACUCGACUUCGCUCCAGGACGAGGCGAGCGUUUGUGGAUUCAAGUGGAGACGAAUCGGUUGAGAUGUUUGAUCGGUGCUUCGUGGACACUAGGUCCAUGACUGAGAUCCGUCGGAGACCGGGAGCAGACUGAGAGAGUGUACGGUCGAGGCCGCGUGUGAGCGCCAGGGCAGACUCGGAUCAGAUCUGAUGCAUGAUGGUGCAUCCUUGAUACCUG